GAUCAAGUUUUCCAAGAUGGGCCUUUUUACCCUCGUCGAGGAUAGGCCGACUCCCAAGGCGGUCUACAACUGGCGUGUCUACACUUGCGCCGCCAUCGCCUCGUUUGCCUCAUGUAUGAUCGGAUACGACUCGGCCUUCAUUGGCACCACGCUUGCGCUCCCAUCUUUUGUCGGGGAAUUUGGCUUCGCAGAAAUGUCAAAAGACCAUCUAGCUCUUACCAAGGCCAACAUCGUCUCCGUCUACCAAGCCGGUGCCUUCUUCGGUUCAAUAUUUGCCUACGCUACUAGUUUCUACCUAGGCCGUAAGAAGAGUCUUUGGAUCUUUGUCACUGUCUUCAUCCUAGGAGCAGGGUUGAUGCUUGGUGCCAACACUGCCCGUGGUCUUGGUCUCAUCAUUGGAGGACGUGUCCUGGCCGGAAUCGGCGUUGGUGGUGCUUCUAACAUGGUACCAAUUUACAUUUCAGAACUUGCCCCUCCGGCUGUUCGCGGACGAUUGGUUGGUAUCUAUGAGGCAGGAUGGCAGAUUGGAGGUUUGGUAGGAUUCUGGAUCAAUUAUGGCAUCAGCGAACACCUAGCACCAUCUCACACCCAGUGGCUUAUCCCAUUCGCUGUCCAGCUCAUUCCUGCUGGUCUCCUCCUCUUUGGAUCAAUGUGGAUCAGGGAGAGCCCUCGAUGGCUACUCACUAAGGGCAGGCGAGAGGAGGCACUGAAGAAUCUUUGCUGGAUCCGGAAUCUGCCCGCUGAUGAUCUCUAUCUUAUUGAGGAGGUCGCAGCUAUCGAUGCUGGUCUUGAGUAUGAACGCAUACAUGUCGGACCUGGUUUCUGGAAACCUUUUGCGGCAUUGAGGCAAAAGGAAGUCCUGUGGCGAUUCUUCCUCGGUGGCAUGCUUUUCCUUUUUCAGAACGGAUCUGGAAUUAACGCUAUUAACUACUACUCUCCCACUGUCUUCAAGAGUAUCGGUGUCCAAGGAACCAACACCGGUUUCCUGACCACCGGAAUCUUCGGCGUAGUCAAGACCGUCCUCACCUUCAUCUGGCUUCUCUUCCUGAUCGACAAACUCGGCCGAAGGAAGUUGCUCAUGAUCGGUGCCACCGGCGGCUCUCUCUGCAUGUGGUUCAUCGGUGCCUACAUCAAGCUCUCCAACCCAGCUGCAAACACCACGAACACUAAACUCUCCUCCGGCGGUAUUGCCGCCAUAUUCUUCUUCUACCUUUGGACCGCCUUCUAUACACCCUCAUGGAACGGCGUCCCCUGGGUCAUCAAUUCUGAAAUGUUCAGCCAAAACACCCGCUCCCUUGGCCAGGCCUCUGCCGCGGCAAAUAACUGGUUCUGGAACUUCAUCAUUUCCCGCUUCACUCCCCAGAUGUUCAUCAAGAUGGAUUACGGCGUGUACUUCUUCUUCGCCUCACUCAUGAUCUUUUCCGUCGUCUUUGUGUACUUCUUCAUUCCUGAGACCAAGUCGAUCCCGCUCGAGGCGAUGAACCGGCUCUUCGAGAUCAAGCCUGUGUCCAAGGCUAACAAGCAGGUCAUCCUCGAACUGCAGGAGUCGGAAGAGGACUUCAGACAUGAUGCCGAGGGUGCCGGCCUUUCUGUUGAGAAGACGAAGGAUUCGCGGAUUGAGAAUGUGGUUGCUGAUGUAUGAGAUGGUAUGGAUAUGAAUUGAUGACUGAGCGCGUGCGCAAUGAAUUUAAUGAGCGAAUCUGAUGCUGUAAGAUAUUUAGCUUUGUAUAUAUGGGUUGAUCGUGGGAUUCCACCCACUUCAUCUAGCAUAGAUUAAUCAAGCAAUAUUGGAUAGUUAACUC